CAAAUUUAUACUAAUUUAAGUAAUAUACAAUUAAAUGAAACAAUAUUAUGGUUAAAUAUAAUAGAAAUAGAAAUUGAUAAAAUUAUUCAACGAAUUAAUGAAUUAAUACAAUUAAUGAUUAAUCAUAAUCAAAUACAAAAUAAUUAUUUAAAUAAAUUAAUGAAAUAUCAAGAAUUACAAAUAUUUUUAAUAAAUUAUCAAACGAAUCAAAUAUAUCGUAUUAGUAAUGGGACUAAAUUAGCUAUAAAUGAAUUAGAUAUAGCAUUAAAAAAAGCAAAUACAUUAGUCGAUACUGUUAAAACAACAACAAGUCUAACAACCUUACAAUCCUUUAAUAAACAAUCAUAUAAUUUAACUGAACAAUUAUCCCAAUUAGAACAAUUACAUCUUAAUCCAGAACAAUUGAAUCGAAUUGAAACAUUAAAUACUCUUGUUAAUCAAUUAAAUCAAAUACAAUUACCUAAUUCAAAACAAUUUUCUAUCCCAUUAGAAUUAUAUACAAAUAUUAUUGAACCAAUAGAAUAUGAAUCACAAACUAUUCUACAUAAAUUAAUAUCAUCGAAUCAAUUAAAUCAUACUUAUUUAGCUUAUAAUACAUAUCAAUUAAUAAUAGAUAAUAUAAAAUUAGCUGAGUUAGCAACUAAUGAAGCAGAGAAUGCAUUUUUAAAUAGUACUACAACAAUAGAUGGUCAACAAAUUACAUGGCAAAAUCGUUUACAAUUAAUUAUUAAUAAACAUGAUUCUAUGAUAAAUAUAUUAAAUAAUCAAUCAAUUAUUUAUAAUUCACAUAAUGAAACAUUAAAUUUAAUUGAUAAACAAUUAGAAACUACUGAAAAUGAUUUAAGUAUAUUAAAUCAAAUUGCUUUAAAUAAUUUAAAAUUAACUAAAAAUAUAGUUAAUAAAGUUGAUUCAAUACAACACUUUUUGAAAGAUACAAAACCCCUGAUUCAAAAUGCCUCAGAUAAAUUACAAGUACAGUUAGGACGUUAUAAUGAAUUACAUGAUCGUUUACAAGAUAUGGAGAAUCGAUUUUCCCAAAUACAAGGAACAGCUAAAACUUUAGUUGAUCGAGCAAAUAUUACUCAAUCAUAUUUAAUUAAAUCAAUUGAUGAAGUUGAACAUGUUGCUAGACAAUUAGAUUCAAAAUUAUUAAAUUUACGACGAUUAGCUGAUGAAGCACGUUCAAUACUUGAUGUAAAUUAUGGAUCAUUAUCUCAUGAUCCAGUACCUUUACAAUUAGGUCAAGAUUGUGUAUACACAUUGGUUCCAUAUAGUCUAACAAAAUCUCGAGUGUUUGAUAUUGAAUUUUGGUUUAAUUUAAAUAAUUUACCAACUUUAUCGAGUAUAAGUAGUGUAUUAAUGGUUGGACGUAGAGCUUUUGAAGGACAUACACAAAUGUUUGCAUUCACUGUUGAAGCACCUGAUGCUAGACUACGUUUUUCAUGGAAUACUCCAAAUGGAAUCCUAGAAUUAGGUCCAAUUGCUAAAAAUACUUGGUAUCAUACACGUGUUACAUCAGUUGGUGGUGAGACAAGAAUGAUACUUAUGGAACGAGCAUUUCAAGAUCAUGGUGAUGUAUUUCCCGAGAUGAAACAAACUGCUACAACAAAUGGAACACUUGAUCAAGAAGCAAAUCUUAUUAUGGAUAGACAAAUGGAAUUACGUAUUGGAGGAGUUAUGCAACCUAGUAGUCGUUUAAGUAACCCGGAAGCAUGGGGUGAUAAUGGUGCUGAGGAAUUCUGGUCACGACUUAUGUCAAUGGAAUCAAUUAAAUUUUGCAUGUUCAAUUUAAGAUUAAGUGGGACACCUAUUAGUAUUGCUAAUUUUGCUGAUGCUAAUCCUGAAUGUUCUAAACCAAAAGAAUAUCAGUGUCAGUUACCUGGUAAAAAUCGUCAAUUUGUUCGAAAUGGUUAUAUAUGGGAUAGACAAGGUGAAUUAGAUAAAUUAACUAAUUUAGAACGUCCAUCACAAUUAAUUGAUCCAUCUUUAUCAUUAACUAGAAUGUUUUUCUAUGAUUUUAAUGGUGCCGGUGGUUAUGCACGUUUAAAAUCGAUUAAUAAUUUAGAUUUUUGUAAAGAUCAAUUCGAUUUUCAAUUAACACCAUUAAAAGAAUAUCAACGAUCUAAUAUGACAGUGAUGACAUUUAUAAAUUAUGAUAAAGAUUAUGGUAUAACAAUUGAAUUAAUUAAUGGUCGACCUGAAGCUAAUUAUUGGUCUGGUCGUGAAUUAUAUCGAUUAGAUGAUACUAAACAACGUGAUGAUAUGGAAAUAAUAAGACGACGUCGUUUUAAAACAUUCAAUUUUAAACCACGUUGGAGACGUCAAUCCACUAGUUCCAGUGGUAGUGGUUAUCAUGAUGAAGAUAGAAGACGAUUAAAUUUAAAUAUUUUAGAUCCAUCUAUGCGUAUAUUACGAUUGGAUAGUUUCAUGACAACUGAUUGUAAUGAUGAUAUGAUAUUAUUUUUAGGUGGUAUACCACCUAGUCAUUAUGAAUUACGUAAACGAAUGCAAAAUCUCGGUUUUUCAUUAACUCCAUUUGCCGGUCGUAUUGGUUUUACAAAUGGUAAACUAAGUCAAUCUGGUGAAGUCUAUUUAGCUGAUUAUGCAAUUAAUUCAGUGAAUCAAUUUGGUGAUACACAGUUUACUGAUUCUAGACAACUUGGUGAAAUUCGAGUUAUUGAAAAUACAAGUCCAAAUUAUCAAUAUUGUUUACAAUUAAAACCGCAUCAUUUAUAUAUGGCAUCAGAAUUAAAAGAACCACAAAGAUAUUCACCAUUUGAACCAGGAAUCAGUAUGACAAUACGUUUUAAUCCAUUAAUUACACAAUCUGGUGAUAUGGAUUUAUUAAUUAUUCAACCUGGACAUGCAGAAUGGAUACGUAUAUUCCUUACAGAAGAUCAUCGUUUAGGUAUUGUUCUACCGGGUGUCAGUAAAACAUUAUACACUAGAACAUCUUUAACAUCACGUGCUAUGAAUGAUCCAUAUACAAAUUUAUUAAAUUUAGAAUUAACAGAAUAUUUGAAUUUAACAAAAGUUUUACCAGUUUGGAAUAAUUUAAAGAAACAAAUUUCAACUGUAACAUCAAGCACGUCGUCGUCGUCGUCCUCGUCAUCAUCAUCAUCAUCACCAUCGUCGUCGUCAUCAUCAUCUUCGACAACACCAAUAAAUUCAGAUACAAUUAAAAAAAAAUUCUUCGAUUCAAAACAAGCUGAAAUUGAAGUUGUUGUUACAUUAUAUUUUGGUAAAAUUGAUACAGAACAAUUAACUGUAUUAUUUGAUCAACAUAUUGUACAAACAUGGACUAUACCAAAACAACCAGAUAAUAAAACUAUUCGACAAAUAUAUAUUGGACCACAAUUCAUGCCAGCUUAUCCUAUUACUAUACAAUAUUUAAUAAUUGGGAAACACCUAGUGGAUUUCGCAACUGAAUUAGUAAGUAAAGAUAAUCCAUACGGUAGUCAAGUUGGAAUAUGUGGUGGACAAUUAUAUCCACGAUUUACAGAACGUCGAGGUUUAGCUGGACUAUUGACAAGUAAAUUACAAGGACUUGAAUUAACAGCACCACCAAGUGGACGACAAUUAAUAUUUACACCAUUCAAUGAAUUAAUGUCUAAACAAAUUAUUCCAGGAGUAAGUUAUGAUGAACAAUUGGUUUUAGAAAAUAUACGUACUGGUGACGGAAAAAUUCGUAAAAAGAAUGAUUGUACAGAAAAUGCUGAAAAUACUGCAUGGUUUGAUCAGUAUCCAGAUUCAUAUUGGGAAAUUGGUAAUAUUGGUACAAUUAUUGAACAACAAAAUACACCAUUUGAAUUUACUAUUGGAUUUCGAGCACAAUUAGCUAAUACUGCUAUCAAUGGUGAACAUUUAACAUUAUCUAAUUUAGAUGAAAUUGAUGAAGAUGUAUAUAGUUUAUUAGUUACAUUUAAUUUUGGUCCAGAUGAUGGUAAUAUUUAUGUGAUAUUAUCUAAUAAUCAAAUAUUUAUAUAUGCUGAUAAAAAAAAUCUAUUAUGGUCUAGUCCAUUAAUUACAAUAACAGAUACAACAUGGCAUCGUUUAAAGUUAAUAUUUCAUUCACCGAAUUCAAUAAAAGAACAAAAUGGUCCUGAUGUAGAACAUGGAUUACAAUUGUUAUUUGAUCAUCGUCAUUUUUGGCUUCCACCUAUUGAAAUAUAUAAUUUACCAUCGGUUGUAUUUAUUGGAGGAUUACCUAGGGUACUCAAUUUACAAUUACAAGCAAAUGGGCAACCUUCGAAUAUUUAUGGUUUAUUCGGAUGUGUUGAUGAAUUAACAAUGAAUAAUGUGAGUAUGUCUUUAAGAACUAGCAAUCGUCCAGUUUGUUAUGAUUGUUUCAGUUUAAAUCCAACAAUUGUUCAUAUUCCAGAAAAUAUUGAUGAAUAUUUGAAGUAUAGUUUGAUAAAAUUACAUAUACCAGAUAUGUUCACUCAAUCAGGACAUGAUAAGUUAACAUUUGAUUUUAGUUUCUUUUAUGAUCGUAAUACUAUAAAACAAGCUAGUUUAUUUGUAUUAACAUUUGGUGGAACAAUUGAUUUACCAUCGGAAGAAAUUCAUUUAUGGUUAUUCCUUUCAAAUAAUGAAGUUAAAAUGGGUUAUAUCACAGAAUCCAAUAAUGAAUUAGAAUUAAAUCAUGAAGUGAAUUUAGCUAAUAUUGGACAUAAUCAAAAUAUAUGGCAUUAUAUUAAAUUACAUAUAACAUUUAUUAAUCAUAAUUUAUUAUUUCAAUUAAAAUCUCAAACAUCUAUUAGUGAUACAUUAGCACCAUUUAUAAAAGCUAAUCGACUUAUAUCAAUACAUCUUGGACGUAAUACAUUUUUAACAUCUGAUAAAAUGAAACAAUCUGUUUAUAAUUAUCAUGGUGAAAUGUUUAAAGGUUGUCUACGUAGUCUUCAUUUAUCCACAUCAACAGAAAUACGUAAUAUUAAUUUACCAGAAGAUUUACCUGGUUUCUUAUAUGGAUUAUGUCAUACUUCAUUAGUUUGGUAACAAUAACAAAAAUACUGUUCAACACAAUUCAGUAAUAUUUGAUUAUGUAAUCAUUAGUUAUCGUAAUAUAUCCCUCUUUUUUUUU